GAUACCCGGAAAGCGAUGAGGCCAAAAUCCAGGAGAUUUUGCAGAAGAUGACCAUGGAGGAGAAGUUCCUCCAGACCUGCAUCGAUGCCGGAUGCGCCGAGAGUAGCGCGAGGUGGCUCCAGUGCAAUGCCUUCGGAGACGGAAGCACGGCCGGAGGCGGUGACGCGUGGUUCGCGCUGGAGGAUCUUCCGAGUCUCGGCGUCCGCGGCCUGCGGAUGCGAGACGGGCCGAAGGGCCUGACCUGUCAAGGAGGGAUGCCUUUCGGCAGCCCUUGCCCAGAGGAUGGCUCUUCGCCAUCUUUUCCCUCGCAGGUGCUGCGAGGCGCCACCUGGAAUGUGGAGUUGGAGGAAGCCAUCGGCCGCGCGAUAGGGGACAUCGGUGCCCAGUUGGACGUUCAUGCGGCGCUGCUGCCCACCAUCAACAUCCUACCCUGGCUUAACUGGGGCAGGGCCCAAGAGAGCUACGGCGAGGAUCCCUUCUUCAGCGGUAAGAUGGGUGCUGCCGUGGUCCGAGGGGUCCAGCAUGAGGGCAAAGUGAUGGCGACGGCGAAGCAUUUCCUGGCCAACAACAUCGAAAACACCAGGUGGUGGGUGAGUGCUGAGAUGGACGAGCAGACGUUGCACGAUGUUUACCUCAGGGCCUGGGCAGUGAUCGUCCGGGAAUCUGCACCAGAGCUGGUGAUGACCUCCUACAACAGGCCAGAGCUUGAAGGCUACGGCUCAAGUGAUGGCUCAAGUCUUUUUAGCAUUUGCGCCGCACGACAGCAUUUGAAAUCCUGCCGUGGCUUGAAUGCCAUGUGGCCCUGGACGCUGAUUCUUGUUUCAGUGGUGGCUAGCUACAUUGUACCUGAUACUGAGGGCAGUGCUUUGCAGCCUGACAUCUCCUUGCCACGAGCUUUGCCGAAAAUCUUGGUACAGCAGCCCAAGGCCAAAGGCAUUACCGCUGGCAGUCGUUUGAGUUUUGCAGUGGCAGUCGUGGGUCGAAUGAGUGGUGGUGAUCAGCUGGUGUCACUAUUUAGCUUCAGCACGUUGAGCUUAGUCCUUCCGAGCCAGCAUGGCCAAGUCCGCUGGAUCCAGCUCCAUGGGAGCGGGUUCCCAGGUAUUGUCCGUACAGGCAUGUUGGAAGAGCACGAGGUGGUGACCCAGGCGGAUGCUAUGGCGGCGGCCAUGCGGGUCUUGGAAAUGGUGCACGGACAGGAGGCCAACACUGUUGCUGCUCGAAGCCAGAGUGCAAGAGUGGAUCAUGGUAUGGACGAGUGGUCGCCAGCUAGGGAAGAAGCUUCACGAUGGAGCGGGGAUGGUGACGAGGAAGACGCCAAAGAAACAGGAGGCCUGGAGGAUCUGGAACACGCAUGGCAGGAGGUCCACGAGACGGAGGACGUGGCUGCCCAGGAGGAUGUGGAGGUGGCAAGCCGGGACGAUGAAGUGGAGGCUGCAGAAGCGCCUGGAGGGCUGGCGGAGGACCUUUCUGGGGUGUACGGAAAUGCCGUUAUGCAAGCAGGCAGAUGA